AUGAGUGACGGCACCCUGCAGCAGCCUCAGCUACCCACCGUGGUCUUUGCGCUGGUGGAAGCCGGAGAGCGGGUAGAUGUAGAUAUAGAGGGAGAAGAAGAGACGUAUGUGACUGAUAUAAAGGCAGAAGAUAUAGAGGAAGAAGAAGAGACGUAUGUGACUGAUAUAAAUGCAGAAGAUAUAGAGGGAGAAGAAGAGACGUAUGUGAGGGGUGAUCAGCAGUGUAAGGAGGAGGAGAUCCCUACAGAUAUCAGCACAGAUGGACACACAAGCAGGAAUAUCUCAGAAGGACAUCUAUUGUUAUCCCCGGAUUGUGACAUAAAAGAUGACAGUAGACAGGAUUCUCCAGCAUUUAACCCCAUUACCCCAAUUAUAUAUCCAGCUCUAUCAACUGAUCCCCCUGAUCCUGGGAAAUGUUCUCCUGAUCACUCUGAUAUUGGUGCAUCUGUUACAGCUUUGAGAGUAGAUACAGUGUUUCCCUGGUCUAUAGAUACCAAAUGUUUUACACAGAACACAAACCUUAUUACUCAUCAGCCAGCUAAGGCAGGUGAGAGGCCAUUUCCAUGUUCUGAGUGUGGGAAAUGUUUUACAUAUAAAUCAAAUCUUGUUACACAUAAGAGAAGUCACACAGGUGAGAAGCCGUAUUCCUGCUCUGAGUGUGGGAAAUGUUUUGCAUUGAAAUCAAAUCUUAUUAAACAUCAGAGAAGUCACACAGGUGAGAAACCGUAUUCCUGUUCUGAGUGUAGGAAAUGUUUUGCACGGAAAUCAACUCUUGUUACACAUCAGAAAAGUCACACAGGUGAGAAGCCGUAUUCCUGUUCUGAGUGUGGAAAAUGUUUUGCAUCGAAAUCAUAUCUUGUUACACAUCAGAGUAGUCACACAGAUGAGAAGCCAUAUUCCUGUUCUGAGUGUGGGAAAUGUUUCACAAAGAAAUCAGCCCUUGUUACACAUCAGAGAAGUCACACAGGUGAGAGGCCAUAUUCCUGUUCUGAGUGUGGGAAAUGUUUUACACAGAAAUCAGAUCUUGUUACACAUAAGAGAAGUCACACAGGUGAGAAGCCGUAUUCCUGCUCUGAGUGUGGGAAAUGUUUUGCAUCGAAAUCAAAUCUUAUUAAACAUCAGAGAAGUCACACAGGUGAGAAACCGUAUUCCUGUUCUGAGUGUAGGAAAUGUUUUUUAUCUAAAUCAAAUCUUGUUAAACAUCAGAGAAGUCACACAGGUGAGAAACCGUAUUCCUGUUCUGAGUGUAGGAAAUGUUUUACACAGAAAUCAGAUCUUGUUACACAUAAGAGAAGUCACACAGGUGAGAAGCCGUAUUCCUGCUCUGAGUGUGGGAAAUGUUUUUUAUCUAAAUCAAAUCUUGUUAUACAUCAGAGAAGUCACACAGGUGAGAAGCCGUAUUCCUGCUCUGAGUGUGGGAAAUGUUUUGCAUCGAAAUCAAAUCUUAUUAAACAUCAGAGAAGUCACACAGGUGAGAAACCGUAUUCCUGUUCUGAGUGUAGGAAAUGUUUUUUAUCUAAAUCAAAUCUUGUUAAACAUCAGAGAAGUCACACAGGUGAGAAACCGUAUUCCUGUUCUGAGUGUAGGAAAUGUUUUGCACGGAAAUCAGAUCUUGUUACACAUCAGAGAAGUCACACAGGUGAGAAGCCGUAUUCCUGUUCUGAGUGUGGGAAAUGUUUUUUAUCUAAAUCAAAUCUUGUUAUACAUCAGAGAAGUCACACAGGUGAGAAGCCAUAUUCCUGUUCUGAGUGUGGGAAAUGUUUCUCACAGACAUCAGCUCUUGUUACACAUCAGAGAAGUCACACAGGUGAGAAGCCAUUUUCCUGCUCUGAGUGUGGGAAAUGUUUUGCACAGAGAUCACAUUUUGUUACUCAUCAGCAUGCUCACACAGGUGAGAGGCCAUUUUCCUGUUCUGAGUGUGAGAAAUGUUUCGCAUAUAAAUCAGCUCUUGUUACACAUCAGAGAAGUCACACAGGUGAGAGGCCGUAUUCCUGUUCUGAGUGUGGGAAAUGUUUCACACAGAAAUCACAUCUUGUUACACAUCAGAGGAGUCACACAGAUGAGAAGCCAUUUUCAUGCUGUGAGAGAAAUAAAUCCGCUCUUGUUGAACAUAUUAGACAUUACCCAAGCACGGAACCAUUUAAAUCUUCUGGAGUAUAAUUAUCACUGCCAUGCAAUGUUCCUCAAGGGUCAAUCCUAUCUCCUAUGCUUUAUGCAAUAUACAGUCUGGUCCAUAUAUAUUGGGACAUCGACACAAUUCUCAUAUUUUGGGCUCUAUACACCACCACAAUGGAUUUGAAAUGAAACAAACAAGAUGUGCUUUAAAUGCAGACUUUCCGCUUUAAUUUGAGAGUAUUUACAUCUAAAUCAAGUGAACGGUGUAGGAAUUAAAAACGGUUUUUAUAUGUGCCUCCCACUUUUUAAGGGACCAAAAGUAAUGGUACAGACUAAACAAUCCUAAAUCAAACUUUGUUGCAAAUCCUUUUGUCAGUUACAGCCUGAAGUCUGGAACGCAUAGACAUCACCAGAUGCUGGGUUUCAUCCCUGGUGAUGCUCUGCCAGGCCUCUACUGCAAAUGUCUUCAGUUCCUACUUGUUCUUGGGGCAUUUUCCCUUCAGUUUUGUCUUCAUCAAGUGAAAUGCAUGCUCAAUCGGAUUCAGGUCAGGUGAUUGAAUUGGCCAUUGCAUAACA